CAGAGACAGCAAUCUCUCUCUCUCUCUCUGUUUCCUUUUCAUUCAGCUUCUCGUUGCUUCCGAGAAAGCCAGUUCCUUCAUUGUUUGUUUGCUAUUGCUAGUUUGCUACAUAGUUCUUGAAUCCCAGAAAGCUAAAACUACAGUAGAAUCCAAAUAAUCGAACGGAGAGGCAAAAGAAGGGUAAGUAUUUGAGAGGAAAAUAAGGAGAUGAAGAACUCUGUGUCGGAUCGCAGUCUUUACAUUGACAGUGAAGAAGAAUAUGAUGAGGAGAAGGACAACAAGAGCAUAUAUGAUGGGAAUGAAUCCGACUCUUCUGACUCAGAAGCCGAGCACCGCGAUCAGCAGCAGAUUCAGCCCAGUUCUUACAAUACCCAAUGGCCUCAGAGUUACAGACAAUCAAUUGACCUGUAUAGUAGUGUACCAUCCCCUGGCAUUGGGUUUCUAGGCACUCCUUCACUGACGAGAUUAGGAAGCUCAUUUCUUUCCUCAUCACUGACGAGAAGGCACACUCCCGAAACAUUACCUUUUUUGGCGAAACCUGGGGUGCCAACCCUUGCUGAGCAACAACAGAAACAGCAGCAGAGACGAAGUUCUCAUUCUUUACUUCCACCAAUUCAUUCGAGGAGGUCUUCAAUAAGAAAAGAUGAUAAAUCCAAGAUUUCUCAUGAACAUCAUCCAAUGCCUCGCCACAGCUCCUUCGCUCAAGCUGUGGUUAAUGGAAUCAAUGUUCUUUGUGGCGUGGGAAUUCUAUCGACACCAUAUGCAAUCAAGGAAGGAGGAUGGAUCGGGUUUUCAAUUUUGUUUAUUUUUGCAGUGCUGUCAUUCUACACUGGAUUACUUCUGCGGUACUGCUUGGAUAGUCAGCCUGGGCUUGAGACUUACCCAGAUAUUGGACAAGCUGCAUUUGGUACCCCAGGGCGAAUUGCCAUAUCGAUAAUACUGUACGUGGAAUUAUAUGCUUGUUGCAUAGAAUAUAUAAUAUUGGAGGGAGACAACUUGUCUUCGCUAUUCCCAAAUGCUCACCUGAACUUGGGUGCAUUUGAGUUGAAUGCACACGUUCUGUUUGCGAUUUUGGCCACCCUUGCUGUUCUACCUACUGUUUGGCUUCGAGACCUCAGUGUUCUUAGCUAUAUCUCUGCUGGAGGAGUUAUUGCGUCGAUCUUGGUAACACUUUGCUUGUUUUGGGUUGGUGCGGUAGAUGGUGUUGGCUUUGAGAGCAAAGGGACUUCACUGAACCUUGCAACUCUUCCUGUUGCUAUGGGUCUCUACGGUUACUGCUAUUCAGGACACGCAGUAUUCCCAAACAUUUAUACUUCAUUGGAAAAACCAAACCAAUACCCUGUGAUUCUCUUAACAUGCUUUAUCAUAUGUACUAUCAUGUAUGCUGGAGUUGCUGUCAUGGGUUACACAAUGUUUGGAGAAGCAACGUUGUCACAGUUUACUCUCAACAUGCCUCAAGACUUGGUUGCUUCAAAGAUUGCUGUGUGGACUACGGUAGUUAACCCAUUCACCAAAUAUGCAUUAACUAUGUCGCCAGUGGCAAUGAGUCUGGAGGAGCUGGUACCGUCAGACAAGUCUCGCAUGUACUCUAUCUUUAUUAGAACAGGACUGGUGCUCUCUACCCUGGUCGUUGGUCUUUGCAUACCUUUCUUUGGUCUCAUGAUGUCGUUGAUCGGAUCUUUGUUCACAAUGCUUGUAGCAUUGAUCCUUCCUUGUGCUUGUUAUCUGACUAUCCUCAAGGGACAAGUAACUCGUUUUCAGAUGAUACUUUGUACUAUAAUUAUUACAGUAGGUGUGGUAGCAUCUGCCUUCGGAACAUAUUCAGCCGUAACGAAAAUUGUGGAGAAUUUGAGCAGCUGAAGUUUUUGGAGACAUUAUUUUUCUAUAACGGCGAGAGACACCAAGAUUGAAGAUUCUGUAUACUAGUCUCGUAAGAGUAUUAUAUAGUCUCAUGGUGUUCUUUUGCAAUUUUGAGUUCCAUCUAUGUAAGUUAUGUACCCACCCCACCCUCCUCCCACAUCCCUAUUUUACUUGUUUCCAAGAGAUGCAGUCGCACGUUUUGAUAUUCACCAGUAAAGAAGUUUGUACCAUCAUUUGACUAGUGUUAUAAACGUAUAAUACAUACAUCCAUAUAACUUCAUAUCUCGAAGAUAAUGUAAAG